GAGAGGCAGGGACAACAACAUUAGAAAGGAAGUGUGCCGCUCUGACCGUGUCAGUGUUAGGGUCAUGGAAGCAGUACCACAAGAGCAACGGAGAAAGCGGAACUCCGUAAACAUGCGUGUCGGGACGAUCGCUGCUGUUGUAGGGGGAGCAGUCGGUGCAGUGGCCUUGGCUCCUGUUGCUCUGGGGGCCGUAGGUUUCACCUCAGCUGGAAUAGCUGCAGGCUCCUACGCUGCAAGCAUGAUGUCUGCUGCUGCGGUGGCUAAUGGAGGUGGAGUGGCAGCAGGAAGUGCAGUGGCUGUUUUGCAGUCAGCAGGUGCAGCCGGGCUGUCGGGGGCUGCCACUGCGGCUGUGGGCGGUGUUGGAGCUGCUGCAGGAGCAGGACUGAAAUGGCUAGGAGGUCUCAUUUUCAAGGACAAAGAAGACGAUGAAGACGAUGAAGACAAAAAUAACUUUGCCACUGAUCAUUUCAGGUGUAGGAAUGGAAACUCGCCAUACCCGAGGCUCCCUGAACUGUCCUCACACUUUGCCUGAAGGCUGUGGAUUCUGAUGAUGUCAUUCUGAUCAUUCCUUUUGUGCCUCUGGGUGACUUUUUCUGUGCACGCUGGUAUAAUAUUAGUGAACUACAUAUGACUGAAAAGCAUGACUGUUUUUAAGCAAGUGUGGAUUUUUUUUUCUCCUACAUCUUCUAAAAUUUGUAUCUCAAUCAAUGAUCUAAUUGCAGGAAAUCCUAAUUCUAAAAUUCUGAAUGGUGUUGUUGCCACUGUCCUCACUAAGAUAAAGCUAAACUUUGGUAAGAAAGUCUGGUUAAAUUCUUUUAACAUUCAGUUAUUUGGAUUUCCUAAAACCUUCUACCCAUUUCCAUAAUCCUGCCUGCAGAUCAGCUCAGUGCAUCAACUAUGAGAAAACUUUCUUUGGAAAAUAUUGUAAACUGUCUAGAAACUCUUCAUUUAUUUACUUUAGUCUUUAACAAGAGCAUUUUGACCAGUUUCAAACAUCUUCACCUCUCUGCACUUCUUUCUGGCAGUAGAAUUGUUAAAUGUUAUUACUCACUACAGUUAGCUAACUAUUUAUUAUUAGCUCAAAAUGACAAGUGGUUGAGGUUUUUUUUGUUUUUUUGUUUUGUUUUUUACAAUCAUUGUUUUAUGUUUAAAAUACUUUGCGAACACUUCAUUAAACAUAAAACUGCAUUUAUUUUUUGGCAAAUUCUAUGUAAUAUAUCAAAAAUAAAAGUAUUUAUUCUG